GCUAAUGCGGUAGAACCGCAUUUGUAGUUCCUUGCUCCUUCUGACAACAUGGUUAAAGGGCAUGGCACCACCUUGAAGCUGCUUCAGGGACUAGUUUCAGACCAUUUGGGACAUACGGCAUAUAUUAAGGUGGACAUUAUUAGAGACGUCAACUUCGAACACCUAAUGUUUGAAGAAUUUGUCUUCCAUCAUUUUUAUUGGCAUAUGACAGUCAGGAUAAACACCUAAUUAAGCAGGACAGGUCACUAGGUUACACAAUACAUGGAAUCACAGUCCCAAUAUUUAAUUUACUUGCCACACGCACCUAAAAGUGAUAAUAUAGACCACAAUAGAUUAUAUAAUCUUGUUCCCAGUUUACUCUGAUCAACAACUUUACAAAUAUUUAGGAAAGAAAUAGUUUCAAUAGUUCAAACCAACUACCAGCGGAGGACUAGAAUAAAGGACUAAAAUACCAUAAUAUGGAGCUUGAUAAUCAUUAUUCAAGGAUUUAGAAUUUUACUAAUUGCUAAUAUUUCUUAAAGAAGGGAAAGGGGGGGGGAGAGUCAAGUAUCAAUCAGCUAUUUGCUCAUAAGAAAGAUGUGGUUCACAAAUCACCACUAAAGCUAAAAACUUAAUUAGGUCAUAUAUCUAUAAUUAUAAAUUUCUGUAUAUAAGCACAUAUAUAUAUAUAUAUGUAUAUAUAAAUUCUCCCAGUCAGCGAAUAGAACAUGAUAUUUCUAAACUAAUUACAGGUCGAUAUUUUUAGGGUAGCCAUUGUUAUAUGUAUUUUUAAUCAAAGCUUUUUUUGUGAGAGUUGAACUAUGAAAUGCACCAUGUGACAUCCCUUGCAAGAGAAUGCAAUUUUUUGGUUGCUAAUUUUUUUUUUAUUUAGACAAAAAACAAAAGUAUUGGCUAUAAGUGACCUAACAUUAAAGUUGAUGGGAAGGGCAAUGACAUGGAUAAUCACCGUCGGGUAACCGUCUAUUUAUCUGAAUGUAAAGGAGGAAUAGGAAUGAAAGUAUGCGGUGGUUAUGAUGAACGCGGAAAUCAUAUUGGCAUAUUUGUUAAACAAAUACUUGAAAAUGGACUGGCAAAAAAAUCAGGGAAAAUAUCUACUGGAGACAAAAUUCUACAUGUCAAUGGUUAUAGUCUAGAUACUGCAUCUCAGCUGGAGGCUGUUUCAUACUUGAGAAUGGCUGCCCAAUCAGGAACAGUGCUGCUAGUUCUCGAUAAAACAGAUGCUGCUCACCAGGACUAUGAAGUGUACAAACAAGCUUAUCUGUCACCAGAAUCAAACAAUAAGUUGACAACAAGUAGUAAAAGAAAAGGAUCUGUAGAGUCGGUUGAGUCAUCAAAUUCAGAAGAUCUUUUGCCUGACACACAGAGGAUUCUUAACGCUUACACACCUUCUGUUGAUUCUGGUCUACCAAGUUUAUCCCCGCCAUUUUUUUCACCUGGUGUGUCUGCAAAUAGUAGCUCUCAUCUUUCAACAGCAGUUAUUAAACACCAGACAUCAUUGGGAAUUACUUUAUCAGGCGGAAUAAAUAAACCAGAUGGUCCGAAUAUUUACAUAUCUGAUAUUGCUGAUGCUAGCGAUGCAGAAAAGGAUGGUCGUUUAAAUGUUGGUGAUAUGCUUGUGUCCAUAGAAGGAGAAUCAUUAACUGAUGUUACAUUAGAACAAGCUAAAUCCAUUUUAUCCCAUCUUAAAUUAAGAAAAGGAAUUUCGACCUACACUAUCACUUAUUUAUGCAAUUCUAAAGAUUGUAGAACACAUAAUCAGCCAGACUUCAACAAUAAUAGUUACACAAAAAACUUGCCAAAGAUACCAGAGUCAACUUCUACCCAUUCUCCUCUUUCACUUAAGCACCUCAGUAAGAAACUGCCUGAAACACCAAGCAGUCCUGAGAAUGAAGAUGAUCCACUAUUGAAGGAAUUACUUCACGCCAUGGAAGAUAUAGAAGAUAGCGAAGCUGGAAGUGAAAUGUACAGAGACUUAGUUAGCAGAAAUCCGUCGUUAUCAAUACCUGUAGUUUCACCUUCCAAAAUGAAAAUUGAAAAAAGUGAAGCAUUCACUCCCAACAUGACUAUUUCCCACUACAUAAAUCCAGAAUUUAAUUCAACUGCUACAAAGAAAAGAAAGUCAAACUUUUUUUUGCAUCCUUCAACACCUGUUAAAUUGGAAAAAUUGGAAGUUGCAUUGGGACAUCUUGGUUUGAAACCAACUUUAGUGGAAAAAAACAAAUUGAGAUUGAAUUUAAACAUAAAUAAAAAUAAUGAAGUACUAUAUGGAGAUUUUGUUGAAGCUGUCAAAGAUGUUUUUAACUUAACCGACUUGGGUGAUUACUCAAAAACCUUGCAACUUGAAACGAAAGAGUUUAUACCCAAGUCACCUAAAGAGAUUGCAGCCAUCAUUAGUACGGACAGCAUGUCAUAUCGUGACGAUUCAUUCAGACUUCGUCGAGAGCGUGACGAAGCCUUAAAAGAUGUGCAAUACUUUCGCUCCUCUCUGAUUGAUAAAGAUCGCACUUGUAUCGAAUUGGAGGAUGAGUUAUUGCGGUCAAAGCAAGAGGUAUCUUCUUUACGUAACGAAUGUCAAGCAAUUCGCAGACAAGCUCAGCUCGCGUUGCAAACUCGUGGAACAGAUAAAGAUUACGAAGAGCAUAUACGGAAACUUGAGACAGAAAUAUCGAUAUUACAAUCUAACCAAGGUUCACCAGAGGUCGAGUUUGAAGAAAUACAGAAACGAUUAGUGGUUCUUGGUUGUCAACUUCGCAAAAGCGAAGUAAGUAAACGAACAUACGAAGUAGCAGUGGACAAACUUACUAAAUUUGUGCAGAAUAUGUAUGUCAAAUUGGAUGCGAUGGGAAGUAAACCAGACGAAGGCCGAAAGAGUAGAAAAUACAACGAGCUUGCAAACGAGGCUAGAGAAACAGUAAAAUCAGUGAAGAUGCUUCUCGAAGAAGAACCUUUGCCAUUCGGAUGGGAAGAAGUGUACGGAUCCAACGGAAGUCGAUAUUACAUGAAUCACGUGACGCAAACUACGUCUUGGAUUCAUCCAGUAUCCGGGGUACAACACUCUCCAAGCAAAAGUAAAAAAUAAUGAAAGUUGUUAAAAUGGAUAGCUGUUGAAGAUAAGAAGAUAAUAGAUAAGAAGAAAUCUUUUUUGAGAAUGAGAAUGAGGCUGGAUAUGGAAAGCAUGAAAACUCAGACUAUGAAAAAAAUGAUAAUUCGGAAUGGUCGAUGGAUGGUGGAUGGGUUUCAGAUGAACAGAAAUAGGCUUUUUAUCUCUUUUGUUAAUAUUAUGUUAAGAAUUGAAUUUGUUUUUUGAAUUUGAAUUUUUUUAGUAUUAUUUUUGUUACUUGUAUUGAAGGAAUAUUUUUAUUUAUUUGUUCGUUUUUAUUUGAAUGUAAUUUUUACUUGUAUAUAGAAUAUGUACAUGCUAUAUUCGCAUAUGGGAUUUUUAAGGGUUUUUUGCACGACUACAGGGCAGCCAUUAUAUGACGUUUUUUUAAGAAGCGGAAUGAAAAUUCUAUUCUUAUCUUCUUACACUCUCACUAACGAUAUAAAACUAUGUUGAUUGAUUUGAUUCAAGUCGAAAGAUUGGUACAAACAUGAUUUAACCAAGGCGAACCCAUUGCGCAUGUGUACAAAACUGAAACACAUGUGCUGUUUAUAUAAGAACUUUAUGUAACUGGACAUUAUUUCAUUGCAUUUUGAAAUGCCAUUUUGGGUUCAUGUAAAGACUUUUUUUUUUUUUAAUUGAAAUCAAGUAUUUAUGACGAUGGACUUUGUAAAUGGAAAA